GGAGAUCGCUUCAGGCGACUACGGCGCCUUCGCCAAGUUGGAGCAGGAGGUGCAGGACCUCGUGCGAGGCCGCUUUCAGGGCCCUGAAUUCUCACAGCAGGUAGCAGGCUUGCUACAGGUUGCCAGCAGAGAGUCCUUAGACUACUCGUUAAAUUUGGCAAUCGGUUAUCUUGAGGAUCUUGCGAGGUCGGCUGUUCAAACGUGGCAAACUAACGUCGCGUCGCGUCGCAGCCUCAGCCGCAGCCUCGCGGCGCUGUCCCGCCGGCCGCGGCACAGUCGCGGGGUGGGGACGGUGGAGCUCGCGGAGGUGGAGGAGGAUAGCUUCCGUUGGAACUGGCAGGAUAUCAAGAACCUGCCCAACGGUCUCAACGCGGCCUACAGACAG